CCUAUCCAUGACCAAAAGGGCAAAAAUCCCUCCCUAUAAAACCUCUUCAAUUUUUCUUUUUUUUGUCACUAACAAUUUCAGACCUUUAAUCUCACUAUAUUUGAUCCACUCCAAGAAAAUUAAAUAGACAAAUAAAAAAAAAAAAAAAAAAAACUUAGAUUCCAACAAAAAUCAUGUGUUCAACCGCCGCAGUUGUUUCAGCCGCCGCCGAUAAGGGCGGAGGAGGAACUCCGAUCACGGAUAUCCACACAGACGUCAUUCGAACCCACAUCCUGAACAGACUCGACGGCCCGACGCUCGCCGCCGCCAGCUGCGCCUCCCAGCAGCUCCUCUCCCUCUGCAACGAAGACCAUUUGUGGAAGGACAUUUGCAACUCCACGUGGCCCUCCACCACCAACCCCGCCGUCGGCGACGCCAUCUCCGCCUUCCCCUCCGGCCACCGCUCCUUCUACUCUGACUCCUUCUCCUGCCUCGCCCGACAGCCGUCCGGCAAGGCAGGCGCCUACGGCGGUCAAGCGCCGGAGACGGCGGAAUUGAUCUCCGCCGUGGAUAUUUACUACGACGGCGAGCUGGUUUAUUCUAAGGUCGUCGGAACGGAGACGCUGUCCCUCUGGUACUUGGGCUCGCCUUUCAGGAUCGACCUCAUGGAACCGAAGGAAACGGUGGCGACGCCGCUCAUGUUCGACGGCGACGACGGCGCGUGCAUGGGACUCGCCGAGGAGCGGCUGAGGGUGAGCUGGAUCCUGAUCGAUCCGUCCAAGGGACGCGCGGUCAACGUCGCGAGCCUCAAGGCGGUCGAGGCGCGGCGGCACUGGCUCACGGAGGACAUACAUCUCCGGUUUGCCACGGUGGUGGACGGCGGCGGCGACGGGGAGGCGGUGCAGUUCGCCGUCGUGGUGACCUGCGGCGGGAAGGAAGGCCGGGAGCUGCAGGUGAGGGAGGUGAGCAUGCAGGCGGAGGAUUUGGAGGGAAAGAUUCUGACGGGGCUGGACACUCUGGAAAUUCUCGACGCCGCCAUGGUGGGGCCGCGGCGGAGAUGCGACGGCGAGACGGAGAAGGAAAUGUACCGCAAGUUCUUGAGGAUGAAGGUACAGAGUAGAGAGAGAAACCAGAAGAGAGAGAAGAGCCUCGAUAUGGUGUUCAUAACCGCCGGAGUUUCAAUUUUACUCGCUAUUUGGAUGUUUUUUCUAUCUAGAUGAAACUAGAUGGGUAAAAAGGUCAUUUUCAUUACACUUAGAAAAAACAUAGAUAUAUUAAUUAAAUGAUUUUUUUUUUUUAUUUUUUUUUAAUUCAGAUUGGUUUGUGAAGAUAAGAUUGAAACGGACCCAUUACCUAUAUGUUGGGUCACAUAUGUUUAAGAAUAUUAUCAAUUUGUCAAGUGGAUACAAUAUAAUAUAUUAUAUUCUUAAAUUCAUUUUUUCUAAUUUUGUAUAGUUGGCCGCCGUUGAGAUAAUGUCAAAUU